AUGGGCAAGUCGAAGAAACUGAAAUCAGGCGUCGGUGAUUUGAUUUCCAAGCCUGCACUUCCACUGGAUCUGCAGAUUGAACGAAGUAGACGUGAAAGUGGACGUGAUAUAGCGCGCGUGAAACAAAAGAGAUUGAAACGGGAAAGACCGGAUGAUGAAUAUAUCGAUGAAUCGCUAUCAAGUAAAAUUCUUAAAACGGCUUGGAAACAAAAGCAAGAUAUAGAAUCUUUGGAGGAAGCAAAAACAGAUGAUGUGGUACAAAAGGAUACAUUAGAAAGGAUACGGAAAGUAAGCCUUGGAAACGAUUCUUUGAAUUCUUUAUCGGACGAUGAUUACAUCUCUGAUAGUGAUGGUUAUGAUGAUGCUAUUUUGCAAAUAAAUCCAGAAGAUGAAAGAGCAAUAGAAAAGUUUAUGUCAAAAACUAAUACUCCAUCGCGGGCACUUAACGACAUAAUAAUUGAAAAGAUUGAGAAGAAAAAAUCGGAACUUGAAUUGCAAGCAGUGUGUCCAGAAGAUGAUGACUUUGUGAUAAAGCAGAUGGAUCCAGCAAUUGUGGAAAUGUAUCGCGAGAUUGGUUUAGUGUUAUCUCGUUAUCGGAGUGGUAAAAUACCGAAGGCUUUUAAAGUCCUUCCGAAAAUGAUGAACUGGGAACAAUUAUUAUACCUUACAAAUCCUGAUAAAUGGUCGGCAGCAGCUAUGUAUCAAGCAACCAGGAUAUUUGCAUCAAAUCUUCAUUCCAGGAUAUGUCAAAGGUUUUACAAUUUGAUAUUAUUACCGCGGUUAAGGGAUGAUAUUAGUGAAUACAAGAAGCUAAAUUUUCAUCUAUUUCAAGCAUUGCACAAAGCGAUUUACAAGCCACAGGCUUUUUUCAAAGGAAUUCUUUUGCCACUUUGUGAAUCAGGAACAUGUACAUUACGCGAGGCAACGAUUUUCGGUUCAGUGUUAGCAAAAGCAUCGAUACCAAUGUUGCACGCUGCAGUUGCGAUGCUUAAAAUCGCAAAUAUGGAAUAUACUGGUUCGAAUUCAUUAUUCUUGAGGAUAUUGAUUGAUAAAAAAUAUUCUUUGCCAUAUAGAGCUAUUGAUGCACUGGUAAAUCAUUACCUCAGAUUUCGAAAAGAAGAACGACAGUUACCUGUUCUUUGGCAUCAGUCACUUUUGGCUUUCGCGCAACGAUAUAAAAAUGAUAUCAGUAAUGAGCAGCGCUCAGCUUUACUGGAACUAACAAAAGUGCAAAACCAUUAUCAUAUAACGCCUGAAGUUUGCCGUGAGUUAAUGUCUGCUAAGAAGAAAGAAAAUGAAACCGAUGGGAUGUUUCAAUUGUGGUGUGCCGACAAACAAAUCACAGCACGACUAUUGUACAAUGCUUAUGCGGAAUAUUACGUGCAGAAAAGAAUGAGGCGAAGGACACUUACUCCGCCACCGUGGGUGCCAAAGAAGGAACAAAACAUUAUUGAACCAAUUGAACCCAGCACACGAGUUUUGCUUCAGCAGUUUAUUAAACUGGAGAAGAAAGUAAAUGCCCCAGUCAUUCGAGCGAAUCCGUAUAUGUCCUUCAAAACUCCAUUAUGUGAAGUGCCUGAAGAAACGAAUCCAUCAGAAUGGACGCCGGAAUCGAAUCGUAUCGGAAUGUUGGCACGAAAAAUUGGGAUGUUUCCUCAGUGGACUACAGAUGGAACCCGGUUUCUGUGCACAUUACUAGAAUUUCCUAAGAAUCUUGUUAUUUCAGCAGUUGAUCCAGAAACUUACUAUCGAAUAAGUAUGGUGGGAAGACGAAAAGCAUAUGGCCGGUAUGGUGCUCGAUGGCGAAUCACGGUUGGAGCUGUUGAUGUUGAUCCGACAAAAUUUACUGCACGAUAUCGUGCUACUUUUGAACGACAUGGUUUUCCUGUAAAGAAACAUAUGGCAUCUUUUUUGGUUACCGAAGAUGCAGUGGUAAAGCCAGGGACAGAAUUACAUGUAUGUCAUUUCAAAGUUGGCCAGUACAUAACUGCUACGGGACAUACUGUUGAUUGGGGUUUCCAGGGUGGAAUGCAUAGAUGGGGCUUCAGAGGUAUGCCUGCCAAAAACAUCUUAUUUGUUUCCUUUUUCUCUAUGUUCAUUGUUUUCCGAACUACAAAAUCUCAUCGUCGUAUUGGCGCCGUCGGUUCAAAAGGUGACGGUCGGAUAAAGCCUGGAAAGCGGAUGCCAGGUCAUAUGGGUUACGAGUGGCGAUCUAUUCCAGGUCUUGAAGUGCUGAGGAUUAACCCUGAAAAACAGGUGAUGUAUAUUAACGGAUCGGUACCAGGUGAAACAGGAGAGAUAUUACUCAUAAAGGAUUGUUAUCACGAUAAAAAGAAAGUACAGUAUCCACAUUUUCCUACCUUUUUUUACGAGAAAGAUUUCGAAGCUGAAACGAAAUGUAAUGACGAUGAUAAUUCGCCUUUUGUUUAUGAAGAUGGUGAAUUCUUCGCCCGACGAUUAUUUAGGAUGACAAUGCCUUCAAUAGUUUUCACAGAACCUGAAAAAUUCAAAACAGCGAAAAGAGAUAAAACAAAGGCAAAAACAGCGAAAGUGAAAAAAUAA